UCAAGUUGUGCAGGUGCUUCAAGAGUGAGGGAUCUUCCAUCAGAAGAAUUCUGCAGACAUGGAUUCGUGCUUGGGAGAUCAUCAGAAGCAGGUUUUGGGAACGAGAUGUACAAGAUCUUAAAUGCUGCAGCUUUGAGCAUGAUGCUGAAACGUUCAUUGAUCAUUUGUCAAACCAGGCAUAUAUACAACAUUGGUUCUUUCUCCAUCCUCCCCAUGAUCCUACAUUCUAGAGUCUCGUUUCAUUUUUCAGUAUGUGCAAACUUAGGUUGCUCAAAGUAUUAAAUUUUUUGGAGUCGAACAACUUCUUCAGGGGUAAAUAUCCUUUUGGGGACUACAUAACCUACUCCAAUCAAACCUUCACCAUGGAUGAAGUCCAGAAUCUGUGGAGGCAGAAUGGCUGUGUGGAAAAAUAUGGAAGACAGUUGGUUGUAAGGAUUGACGAGUUCCUGAAGCCGGCCAAAACCAACGUCCUCUGCAGCAAUUGGAGGAACUGGGAGCAGCCAAUAAUAUGGUUUCAGAACACAACCGAUGCCACUGCGAGCCAGUUCUUCCUGAAGAACGUGCACCCUGAGAUGAGAAGUGCUGCAGCUGAGUUAUUUGGACCUUCGGAGCAGCUCCAUUCUCGACCAAAUGUCUUCGGCGAGCUGAUGUCGUUUCUCAUAUCUCCGUCGCCAGAGGUGAAGGAGGCGGUGGACAUGGUGCUUGCUGGUGGCCCGGAUCCUGACAUCUCUUUGCAUAUGCGUAUGCUUAUGAAUAGGCCAGUGAGAGCAGUGCAGGCAGCACUGAACUGUGUCAGGAAAGCGAUGCAUAACCUGCCAAAUCAGCGCAAACGCAGGCUGGUUUUGGUUUCGGAUACACCGUCUGUUCUACAAAGCCUUAUUGACGACAUAAGUCGAUUCGCAGAGGUUGUUCAUUUCGAUUAUGAAAAGUUCCAAGGAAAUAUGCCCUCUAUUGACCAUGACGACGACCAGAACAUGAGUUUGAGAGUGAAGGAUUGGGGGCCGGCGCCGAGAUGGGUCGCGUUCGUUGAUUUCUUCCUCGCGGCGCGAGCUAAGCAUGCCGUCGUUUCUGGUGCUCACCGGCGGGUUGGUACGACUUAUGCUCAGCUGAUUGCAGCAUUUGCUGCAGCCAACCAGCUCGGGGAAAACAGAGCACAUCCGAGCUUCUCAUUCAUGAGCAGCUUCCAACGCACUCUGCUGUCUCACGGGUUGAGCCAUCAGAUCGGCUGGGGACAUGCUUGGAACAGGUUCGGAGGUCCGUUGAGCUGCCGGAACCAGACCAACCAUCAAUGUGCUUUCACGCCGCUUUCUCCUCCGGCUUGGUGGGACGGCCCGUGGCAGUCCCCUAUCGCACGGGAUGUUCGACGGCUGUCCAUGUACGGCGUCGGACUCUCUGGUUCCGGCGCCGUCGAUGAAGAUGGACUCGUGUCAUUUUGUGGUUCGAGGAAACCCACUGUGAGAACCCUUCUGCUUGUACAGUGAAUUCUGAAAAGGUCUAGCUGCUUCUCUAGAUCAAAUUGUUAUGGGUGAUGAUGGAAU